AUGACAUCUAUUAAAGGCCCCGGUGCUGCUCAGACCCACGAUGGCUCUGGACUUCGUGUCGCUAUCAUCCACGCCAGAUGGAACACCAAAAUCAUUGACCAGCUUGUCGCCGGUGCUAAGAAGAACCUGCUCGCAGCUGGCGUGACGGAGGACAACAUCACUGUCCAGACAGUGCCCGGCAGCUACGAGUUGCCCCUCGGAGUGCAGCGACUCUACGCUGCUUCUCAACUGCAGGCUAACUCCUCUGGCGAAGGUAUCAGCGCCACUGACCUUCUGGCUUCCCCCACCACCGAGACCUCCGGAACCGCGGCUCCCUCGAGCCCCAAGAAGCCCUUCGAUGCUAUUAUCGCCAUUGGUGUUUUGAUCAAGGGUGCUACCAUGCACUUUGAAUACAUCGCUGACGCCGUGAGCCAUGGACUGAUGCGCGUCCAGCUUGACUCGGGUGUCCCCGUGAUCUUCGGCCUGUUGACGGUUCUGACCGAGGAACAGGGCCUGGAACGAGCUGGUCUCGGUAGCAAUGGAAUGCACAACCACGGAGAAGAUUGGGGAAGCGCUGCCGUGGAGCUUGGUCUGAAGCGACGUGAGUGGGCUGAGGGCAAGAUUCUGUAA